AUGAUUUUAUAGCAAGAUUUAGAGGAAGAUCAGAAAAGAUAAGUAUAUGAAUAGUUAGGUGAUAAUCCUACUGAUGUCGAUAUUAAAUAUAUUAGCUAUUUACUAAAGAUUCCAUUAUUCACAAUUAGAUAAUGGUUAGAUGAAAAAGAAGGACUUGAUGUUCAAAUUGAAAUCUAACCUGAAGAAGAGAAAGAUGUAGAAAUUAUAGGUAAUACAUAAAAAAAAAUUAAAUUAUAAAGUCUUCAAAAUCUAUAAGUGAAGGAAGAAGGUAUUUCAAAAUAACAAUUAUCUGAAUAACAGAAAAAAUAAAAUAAAUCUAUAGAAUCUAAAGAUAAAGUAAAAUAAAAUAAAAAGAAAGAAGUGAAUAAAUCUAACUUGACUAAUAAAAAAAUCUAAAAAUUAAAUACUAAAAAUUAAAAUAUCUCAAAUCAUCCCUCUUAAGAUAAAAAAUAAUCUGAUAAUAAUAAUAAAAAUUAGAAAUAAUAAAAUAAUUUUAACUUAUUAAAAUAAUUCGACUAAAUUUAAUAAAGUUUAGCAGAAAUAUUAUAAAAUGAUAUUUCAUUAAAAUAACCCUAAUAAGAGAAAACAUAAAAUAAGUAAGAUUAAUAAAAGAUAGUUACUAAAACAACUCAAAUAUAACCUUAAAAUAAAUAAACUGAGUAAUUGUCAAAACCUUUAAGAAUUUGCAUUUAAAAUUAAGAUCAAAUUAAAAAGUAAUCUUAAUAAAAAAAUUAAACAACAUCUUAAUUAAAUUAAAAUAAAUUGAAUUCCUCAACACAAUCUGAUUUGAAUUCAUAAGCUGCAAUUAUGCCAUAAACAAACUUACCAUUAUAAUAAUAAAUUGGAAAAGAUUCUCCUUAAACAAAUACAACUAAAUAAAAUCUUGUAUAAUAAUCAAGUAAUUAAUAAAAACAAAACUAAUAGAGUCAUCAUUAAAAAAAAGACAAAUUUAAACAUAUUAUAGUAUUAGAUGAUGAUUUAAAUAUAAACUAAAACAAUAAUAGUCAUAAGAAAUAAAUUACAUAACUUAAAUAAUUAGGAAAAGAUUAGAAUCAACAACAAUUAAUUGUAAACAAUAAUUUAAAUUAAAAAUUAACAAACAAAGAUUAAAAUAAUUUAGAUUAAAAAAAUCAUAAUUUAAAUUCAAGUCAAUAAAGUGUUACUUAGAUAUCAAAUUAACUACCUUAAAUCAAUAAUCAAAGAGAGAAUAUUGAUUAAAAAUAGAAAAACUCAAAUGAUUAGGAAUACAAUUAUUAAAAUGAAUAAAAUUAGACCUAAAAAGAAAUUGGCUUAAAUUCUAAUUAUUCAUAAUAAUAAUAAGAAAUAUCUAAAUAAACAACUAUAAUAGAAUCUUAAAAUCUCUAUAAUUAACCUUCAGAAUAAAUAUAAUCAUCAAUAAUUCCAAAUUAGUAUGAAUAAUAGUAAAAUAUUAAUGAGAACAAAGAUAAUAUUAAUAUUUAAUAGAUAUUAGAUUAAAAAUAAAGCUUAAAUUAGAAUGAUAUAUCAGAUACCUAUUAACUUUAAAGAUUUCCAGGUAUAAAUUAACAUCAAUAACACUUAUUAUGCCCAAAUAAUCAAAAUCUUAUAAUUCCUUAGAAAAAUUAAAAUAUAGAUUAUUUAAUAACUAAACAAGCAUCAGUUACAUCUGAAUUGAGUUUAAUUCAAUAAUAAUUAAGUUAGGCUUUACAUUAACCAAAUUCAUAAAAUCAUGAAGUUUCAUAGUAAUAUUAUGGAUCUUAAGAAUUUAUGACAAUAUUGAAUUAGCAUUCUUAAACAUUAACAUAAGUAGUAUCAAUGUUAUCAACGAUAGCAAAUUUUUAGUUCUCUUUGAUGGAAAGAUUAAAUUUGGUUUACAAUUCAGUCAGCAAUAGUUGA